CUGCCGCUCCUCAUGGAUGAUGAAGUGAAUGCAGAAGUUUGAGAAAGAGUUUGUUCAGAGCCUCUUAGAAAGCAGAUCUCCAUCCUCCGCUUCUCUGCUCCAUCAUGAUGCUGAGCGCUUUACUGGUCCUGAUGGCGCUCGCAGCCUCCAUCCAGGCGGAGAACCGGGCGCUGGAGGCGAAGAUGGAGCCUUCAUCAUCAUAUUCAUAUUACUCCUCAUCAUCAUCAUCAUCUGUGCAUGAAGCAGGUCGAGCGCGUCACGCACCGAGAGUCCCGCGCGGCUCCAGAUCCAGACCGCGGGAGCGGCAGGAGCCGCAGCCGCCGAGAGCGCACCCCGAGGCGGACACUUUCUUCACCACACCGCGGCCCUUCAGCGGCGCGCUGCGGCUCCACAACCCGCUGUUCCCGGUCACCGACGAGUCCUACAGCGCCUAUGCCGUGCUGCUGCUGGCGCUGGUCGUGUUCUCCGUGGGCAUCGUGGGAAACCUGGCGCUCAUGUGUAUCGUGUGGCACAACUAUUACCUGAAGAGCACCUGGAACUGCGUGCUGGCCAGCCUGGCCUUCUGGGACUUCAUGGUGCUGUUCUUCUGCCUGCCGGUGGUCAUCUUCAAUGAGCUGACCAAGAGGAGGCUGAUGGGGGACCUGUCCUGCAGAGCAGUGCCCUAUGUGGAGGUGGCGUCUCUGGGCGUGACCACGUUCACUCUGUGUGCGCUCAGCAUCGACCGCUUCCACACGGUGACCAGCGGUCAGUCGCGGCCGCGGCAGGGCGAGUCGUGUCAGUCCAUCCUGGCCAAGCUGUCAGUGAUCUGGCUGGGCUCUCUGCUGCUGGCGGCGCCAGAGCUGCUGCUGUGGCGUCUGGAGCAGGACGGUUCUCCACAGUCGGGUCUCCCAGUGGACUCCUGCCGCCCACAGCCAUCCACGGAUCUGCCCGACGCACUGCUCUCGCUGGUGCUCACCUACCAACACGCCCGCAUGUGGUGGACGUUCGGCUGCUAUUUCUGCCUGCCGCUGCUGUUCACAGGUGCCUGUCAUCUACUCACACGACACGUCAGCGAGGAUGAAAAAACACUACGUUCAUCAUCAACAUCAUCAUCAUCAUCUUCGUCAUCGAUAAAAAAACGAAGAAGAGAGCGUCAGCUGACUCGAACGGUAGUGGCGCUGGCAUUCAUCUACGCAAUAUGUUGUUUGCCGGAAUACGUCUGGAAUAUCGUCCUGGCGUAUGUGGGCAUGGAGGUGGGCGUGGCCACACAGGCUCUGCUGGCUCUGAUUGGUCAGUUUCUGUUGUUUGUGCGCGCCGGAGCGACGCCGGUUGUGCUGCUGUGCAUCUGUCGGUCUCUCGGUCAGGCGUUCAUGGACUGCUGCUGUUGCUGCUGCGAGGAGUGUUUUCCGGAUCCCUCGUCCUCCUGCACAUCCUCAUCUGUGUCCACCAACGCCACCGCUGUGUCCUCGCCGCCGGCCUCGCCCAUCUCCAUGCAGGAGGACAAGCUCAAGAUCGUGUCCGGGACGUCGCCGGCUGUGUUUUUCGAUAAAGUUAAGGAGAGUCCAGCUGAGCUGAUCAUCGGUACGCCGUGUUGAUCUUGACUCAGACGUAUUUACGAAAACUGUGAAGUAUCGUUCAGUCUAACACUCUUAAAGGGAACAAAAAAUGUUUUGUUUUUUUCUGUGGACGAAUAAAUGUGUAAUCAAAUAUACAAAAGACAAUAUUACGGGGCCGUUCACACAGAAUGCAUCUAAAAAUGUGAGACAGCGCUCAGGAAUGGUUUUAAAAUCUCAUGUUACCAUCAACUGAAACAGUUGUCAUGCCAACUUGCUACUUUUUACAGAACUUCGCAACACUUG